GCUCUCUCUCCUUUUCAGAGCUCACUGAAAGCAGGCACUGGUUGCUUUGCUUGAUUUUUACGACCCUUCGAUCUCGCUCCUUUCACGAUCACCACCGUACAUCACCGUACAUCACUGCAGAUAAACGAACAUGCGUUUCGGAGCGGCUUUCUCACUGCUCUUCGCUGCCGUCUCGGUAGCUCCGUUCGCGCUCGCUGUCCCCUUCGGCGUUGAGGGCGCUGACGCGCUCGAGGUACGCGGCGUUGACUUCGACUCGGCCGACCUGUUCGCCCGCGCCGCCGAGUACGACGACGAGCUCCUUGCCCGCGAGGACGAGGAACUCUUCGCCCGCUCCUUCGAGGACGAUGAGACGGUUCUCCUCGCCCGCGCCGUGCUCGAGGCGCUCCAAGCUCGCGACGACCCGCCUCCGUACUCCAAGCACGACCCCAACAACGGCAAGAAGCCGAAGUACACCGCCAAGGACCCGGCCCCGCUGCCGAAGUACCGUCAGAAGGACCCGUAUAAGCCCGACCGCCAGCCGAAGCCGAAGCCAGGCCCCUCGCGUCCGCGAGACCUCGCUGAGGUGGAGGACAUGUGGGCGCGCGACGAUCCGCCUGCAUACUCGAAGCACGACCCCAUCAACGGCAAGAAGCCAAAGUACACCGCCAAGGACCCAGCCCCGCUGCCGAAGUACCGUCAGAAGGACCCGUACAAGCCCAACCGCCAGCCGAAGCCGAAGCCUGGUCCUUCGCGUCCGCGCGACCUCGCCGAGGUGGAGGACAUGUGGGCUCGCGACGAUCCUCCUCCGUACUCCAAGCACGACCCGAUCAACGGCAAGACGCCUAAGUAUUCGGCGAAGGACCCCAACCCUCCCCCGAAGUACCGCCAGAAGGACCCCCACAAGCCGAACCGUCAGCCCAAGCCCAAGCCUGGUCCCUCCAGGCCGCGUGAGCUGUCGGACUUCUGGUGGUGAACGAAGGCGUAGAUUGGUGUUGUUGGAUUGGAUGGGCUUACGGGGCGUCGCUGUAUCGUGAUCGUAGCCAUAAUCAGAAACGAGAUUUGAAGUGUUGGAAA